AUGAGAGUAAAGUUCUACCAUAUUAACAACAACAACAACGCCGUCUGGGAAGCCGCCCCGCGAGAACGCAGUGGGGACGACGGCGCGCACGGUCGGAGCCGGCGCACGGAUGGCUCUGGAGCCAUCCCUGUCGCUUGGGUCAUCCCUGCGGGGAAGACGCUCCGGACCACGAAGCCUGCACUUGCACGGACUGAUCUCCCCCGUCGCCGGCUCGGGGACACGGCUCCUGUCACCACCGCUCUGUCGGCUGCGGCCCGACCCUGGGGUCCAUCCCCGUGGCUGCAGGUGCAGGGACCCCAGGCCAAAAGUCCAGGCAGCGCCGCCCAAUGUCCGCGCCCACACGCCCCUUCUCUACAUGGGGACACCCCCUUCUGCCUCACGCGGCCAAGCUCGGGGACAGGCACAGAGCCCGGCCUCCACAAACAGGAACCCGUGAAAGGAGGUGCCCAGCAGAACCCCAAAAGAGAAGACAAGGAUACGGAGGAGCCCCUGUCAGAAGGGAAGCGAGGUCCACGCGCGCUGCCCACACAUGGAACCGCGGCCUCGGGCGCCUCCGCCGAGCUCAGCGCCCCACAGCCGGACUGUGCGAAGCUCCCGGAGGCGGCCGGCUCGCUCCUCACCCGCGGCCAGCUCUGCCAAGCUGCAGCCUCUCCCACCGGAGACACAGGCCUCGCUCGAUUCCGGACCACCAACACCGACUCGGCCCCCAAGACUGAGGAAACGCCCGGCCCAGAGGGAGGCGGCAGGACGCUCGGUGCCACGUGCGAGGCGCUGGGCAGUGGGAACCCCUACUUCCCCGGCUGUUAUGACUUAAGAGAUCGCGUCCCAGCUGUGCGUCGCCCUGAGGGGUUCAAACGGUGGCGGCGGCAGGACACAGCCGCUCUCGCUCUGAUCAGGAGGCCGGUCAGGAACAGGCAGAAGCAGACCCAGGGCAGGAGGCUACGGAGGCAGCAGUCUGAGGGGGACGACGGCCCCACGUCAGGGAGACCCCCUCCGAGCCGCGUGGGCAGUGGCCGGCUUCCCCGCUCCACCACGCCCAACACACCGAACACUCUGAAAUCGGACAUGCCUGGCCGGGUGGUGUCUCACAGUGACAGGAGACAGGACGACACGGCCCAUCAACAGGCCAUCGCAGCCUCGCUACCCCAGCUCAUUCCAAUCCAUCACAAAGAUGCCGACGGAAAACAAAAGUCCGUUCUCUUGGUGCAGCCCCAGGGCCCAUCGCACACACGCGUGGAGGACAGCAGCGGGCAGCGGGCAUCGGCACGGCCGCACAAGAGCAGUCGGGCCCCACGGCCGCGAGCUCCGCAGGAAGGCCCUUCAUCCCGGGGCACAGCCUCCCUCACCCGCGGCGCAGAGCAUCCCGCGCAGACGCGGCGCCCCGGGGAGGAGACGCGGGGCCGUCCCGGGCGCAGCCUCCCCUCCUCGGGAGGCCCGCACGCGGCCGGGCAGCCCCCGGGACACCUCCGCGGGGCAGCCCCUCUGGACCCCCGCCCGGGGCCGAGCAGCGCGGGGGUCCCGCUCGCGGCGCACGCCCGCCCGGCCUCCCCACCUGCCCCGCGGCGCUUACAUAAACGCGGCCCCCGCGGCGGUGCCGGGCCCCGGGGUCCGACCCCCGCCCUCGCCUCCCCUCGCCUCGCCUCACCUCAGCCGCGGGCCGCCCGCUCCGCUCCGCACGGCGCGCCCGGGCUCGGACCGCGAGGCCGCCGCGUUCCCCUCGGCUGCCGGGGCUGCGGCGCGCUGGCCGUGGCCUGGCGCGGCCCCGAGCGCGGCCCCGAGCGCGGCCCGACCCCGCCGCCUCCGCCGCCGCCGCUGCCGCCGCCGCCGCCUCAGCCUCCGCCUCAGCCUCCGCCCUCCGCCCUCCGCCCUCGGCCCUCCGCGCCGGCUCCGCCUCCCAGCCGCCCCCGCCGCCGGCCGCGCGCACGCCGGGGGGAGGGGGCGCCGCGACGCAGGGCGUGCGCGCGCCCGCGGGCCGGCAAGCGCCCCCCCCCCCCUCCGCGCGGUCCGGGGCUGCGGGAGCGCGCACCUCGGCGGGGCCCGGCUGCGCGGUGCGCGUGCUCAGAGCAGGUGGGGUCCCGGGCGCCCCGGCGCGGAGCCGGUCCCCGCGCGUCCCCUGAGCGCUCCCGCGGAGGUCGGCAGCCGGGCGGGCCUGCGAGGGGCGGGGACGGGGCGGGCUCGGAGGGCGCUGCGACCCGCUGGCUUCCGCCCUCCGCCCUGCGCGGCGCCCCACUGCGCGCACGGCGGGGACACGCGCGGAAAUGCCACCGGCUGCGGGUUCGGUUCCGAGCAGGACGCAAACCAAAUCCUCGUCGGGAAAGGCCCACGGCCCUGGAGCAGGUGCUGAGAGCGGAGCGGGCGGUGCGGACGGCGUGGGGCCCGGGGCUCCCGACCCCGCAGAGCAGGCCGCUGCCCAGGCUGGACCCCGAGCCACCGCGCCGCGCUCAGGGCCGUCUUAGCUCGGGCCCUCCGCAGGGACGUCCGCCGGCCUCCUGCCCUGCAAAAUAG